ACUGUAAGCCUCUCAGACACCAUGUUGGAGAACAGCAACUUGCACUGCCUGUCUGCCCAGAGCAAUGUUGCCUCCAUCCUCUCCCCAGCUCUUAUCAUGGAGUUCCUGCUGGGGAUUCCCGGGAACGUCGUCGCCUUGUGGGUCUUCUGUUUCCGUAUGAAAGCCCGUAGGCCGAGCACGGUGUACCUGCUUAACCUGGUGCUGGCAGAUUUCCUGCUCAUCCUCAGCCUGCCCUUCAGGAUCGACAACCUCCUGAGAGGCGAGCACUGGGUGUUCGGGGACCCCUUCUGCCGCAUCAACCUCUUCAUGCUGGCCGUGAACCGCUCUGCCAGCAUCAGCUUCAUGACGGUGGUGGCCGUCGAGCGCUACUUCAAGAUCGUCCACCAGCACCACAGAUUCAACCGUCUGUCUGUGAAGCAGGCUGCUGUGAUGUCCUGCGUGGUGUGGGCUCUGACUUUGUGUCUGAGGAUCCCACUGCUGACCAGCCAGCUUCUUCAGGAACACAACGGCACCUUCCUGUGCCGCAGCUUCAGCUCCUACAAAAAUCUCCCCACGGAGAUCCACCUGCACUACCUCCUGUACGUGGUAGAGUUUAUCCUUCCUUUCUCUGUGCUGCUGUUCUGCACACUCAAGAUCUCCUGGGUCCUGAAGCACCAGAGCAUGAACAGGGACUGGAAGAUCAGGCACGCCAUCAGGGUGGUGGUGGUGAUCACCCUGGUGUUUGCCAUGUGCUUUGGGCCGGGGAUCGUGGCCGGUCUGACCGCGCUCCUCAUCAAGUACUUCAAUCCCGAGAACUGCGCGUCUUUCCGGGUGGCGUCACAGUGUUUCAACGCCUCCAUCGCUUUCACCUACCUGAACAGCGUGCUGGACCCACUCAUCUACUGCUUCUCCAGCACCGUGUUCAGGAACACUUUGAAGAAGUCCAUCAACUGCCUGGGCCUGUGCCAGCUGGAGGUGUCCAGGAGUGACAGCGUCACCAGCAUCACCUGAGGGGUUUUCCGGGCUGUAUUCCACAGCAGCCACAUGUCUUCUGGAAAACUGGGAUGCAUUGUUUAUUUGUACAGAGAGUAUUACAAGAUAUGAAUCUGGAAACAAAUACAUUGUAUCAAUCCAGAUGAUCUGCAACCCCAGUUGAGACCUCUGCUUUUCCAUUAGCUCAAUUUAAACACGGCACAAAUCGUGAGUCACUCUGUCUGCUAUGAAAUGUCUUAUUGCAAUUGCUGAACAAAACAUUGAGGAGGAGCACAGUAUAGAUAUACUGGACUGGUCUGAUAUCCAGCACACACAUUCAUACACAUGUGGGCUUGCAUGCUUAUCUAUAUGUCAUAGGUAAUUUGACUUAUUGUAUAAAAUGUGUUCAUGUGAAUUCUGUAUUAAAGGGCAUAUAUACAGUACUGUGCAAAAGUUUUAGGCAGGUGUGAAAAAAUGCUGUAAAGUAAGAAUGCUUUCAAAAAUAGACAUGUUAAUAGUUUAUAUUUAUCAAUUAACAAAAUGCAAAGUGAGUGAACAGAAGAAAAAUGUACAUCAAAUCAAUAUUUGGUGUGACCACCCUUUGCCUUCAAAACAGCAUCAAUUCUUCUAGGUACACUUGCACACAGUUUUUGAAGGAACUCGGCAGGUAGGUUGGCCCAAACAUCUUGGAGAACUAACCACAGUUCUUCUGUGGAUUUAGGCAGCCUCAGUUGCUUCUCUCUCUUCAUGUAAUCCCAGACAGACUCGAUGAUGUUGAGAUCAGGGCUCUCUGGGGGCCAUACCAUCACUUCCAGGACUCCUUGUUCUUCUUUACGCUGAAGAUAGUUCUUAAUGACUUUCGCUGUAUGUUUGGGGUCGUUGUCAUGCUGUAGAAUAAAUUUGGGGCCAAUCAGAUGCCUCCCUGAUGGUAUGGCAUGAUGGAUAAGUAUCUGCCUGUACUUCUCAGCAUUGAGGAGACCAUUAAUUCUGACCAAAUCCCCAACUCCAAUUGCAGAAAUGCAGCCCCAAACUUGCAAGGAACCUCCACCAUGCUUCACUGUUGCCUGCAGACACUCAUUCGUGUACUGCUCUCCAGCCCUUCGGCGAACAAACUGCCUUCUGCUACAGCCAAAUAUUUCAAAUUUUGACUCAUCAGUCCAGAGCACCUGCUGCCAUUUUUCUGCACCCCAGUUCCUGUGUUUUCGUGCAUAGUUGAGUCGCUUGGCCUUGUUUCCACGUCGGAGGUAUGGCUUUUUGGCCGCAAGUCUUCCAUGAAGGCCACUUCUGACCAGACUUCUCCGGACAGUAGAUGGGUGUACCAGGGUCCCACUGUUUUCUGCCAAUUCUGAGCUGAUGGCACUGCUGGACAUCUUCCGAUUGCGAAAGGAAGUAAGCAUGAUGUGUCUUUCAUCUGCUGCAGUAAGUUUCCUUGGCCGACCUCUGCGUCUACGGUCCUCAACGUUGCCCGUUUCAUUGUGCUUCUUCAAAAGAGCUUGGACAGCACAUCUGGAAACCCCUGUCUGCCUUGAACUUUCUGCCUGGGAGAGACCUUGCUGAUGCAGUAUAACUACCUUGUGUCUUGUUGCUGUGCUCAGUCUUGCCAUGGUGUAUGACUUUUGACAGUAAACUGUCUUCAGCAACCUCACCUUGUUAGCUGAGUCUUGCUGUUCCUCACCCAGUUUUAUUCCUCCUACACAGCUGUUUCUGUUUCAGUUAAUGAUUGUGUUUCAACCUACAUAUUGAAUUGAUGAUCAUUAGCACCUGUUUGGUAUAAUUGUUUAAUCAUACACCUGACUAUAUGCCUACAAAAUCCCUGACUUUGUGCAAGUGUACCUAGAAGAAUUGAUGCUGUUUUGAAGGCAAAGGAUGGUCACACCAAAUAUGGAUUUGAUUUAGAUUUUUCUUCUGUUCACUCACUUUGCAUUUAGUUAAUUGAUAAAUAUAAUCUAUUAACGUCUAUUUUUGAAAGCAUUCUUACUUUA